GACUCCGCCCCGGAUGUUGGGGAAGCAGAGAGAGGAUCUUGAGUGAGGUUCUAAUUUGGUUGCUGCUCUAGGAUCCGGAACCGAAUGGUAUAGACAGCUUUUUUUCCCCUUAAAUGUGACGAAUUCUGGAUUUAAUGGGGAAAAACGUGCGUGAAGUUCCCGGGGAUAUAACCUGACGAAUUUCCCCAUCUUCAUUUCCCUUCUGCCUUACGGCUGGCUGCAGUACCCAGGAUAUACUUAAUUUUUCAACUGUCUGCAACCAUCACUCUAAACUGUUUAAAUGAGAAUGUCCCUGGCUCAGAGAGUACUGCUCACUUGGCUUUUUACAUUACUUUUCUUGAUCAUGUUGGUGUUGAAAUUGGAUGAGAAAGCACCAUGGAACUGGUUCCUUAUAUUCAUACCAGUCUGGAUAUUUGAUACUAUUCUCCUUGUAAUGCUGAUUGUGAAGAUGGCUGGACGAUGUAAAUCUGGUUACAACCAUAGAAAUGGACCACGACAUAUGAAAAGAAAAGUCUGGUACUUCAUAGCGAUGUUACUUAAAUUGGCCUUCUGUCUUGCACUCUGUGCUAAACUGGAACAGUUUACUAAUAUGAAUCUAUCAUAUGUUUUUAUUCCUUUAUGGGCCUUACUGGUUGGGGCUAUGACAGAACUUGGAUAUAAUGUCUUUUUUGCUCGGAGAGACUGACUUUUUAAAAACUAUGCCUUUUCAAUAUAACUUGCUGAACAACAACAACAAAAACAGUAUUCCAGAUAUUUGCAAACUUCAAGGCUACUAAGGAACUGAAAACCACACCAGUUGCAGUUUUACAGUUAGUGUUAAAUCAAGUAAGUUAUUCAAAGACUUGAAGACAGCAUGAAAAGUAUUUAUUCUACAUUUGAAUUAUUAGUCUCUUUAUCACUUGUAAAAAUAAAACUUUGUUUUGAACCACA